ACUGGUCGUAUAUAUAUAAAUAAUAAGCAGGUAUGAAUCCAAUAAUAUCGAAUUGAAUCGUUAUACGCGACUGACGCGACGCAUAUGGGUGAUAUGGGGCAUAACUGAUAUGCCAUGCCGAUAUGUACGACCCUGUACGACGGUACAUGUGUGCGCAAAAACUUUAGUUGGUGUAUCCAGUACAUAGUAACGAAAGUAUUAUGAAGAUGAAGAAGAUCUUGAGGUUGCGCUUAUUGUGGAAUAUUUGAUCAGCUCAUGUCGUCUCCGCAUUCAUGUUUUCAUCCGAUAUAUCAAAUCCAUUCGAGUCUGGUGUAUUUUCGUCGUCUUUUUCAACGUCAACCAUUUCUCCGUUUUUCCUAACCUAUGAUUCCGAUGGCUCAAUCACUUUUGAACGCCCCGAUCGGGCUUACCGGCGUCUCUAGUUUUCUCUACACUUUUCAUGUUCUCUAUCGGCUCAUGUGCUUCGCUUCCAGCCAUAACGAGAGCUCGCAAUAUAAUUUCGAUAGUCACGAAGAGACUCGGAUUCUAACGACUUUACGUAUUCUGCUGCUUGACGCUUGCCUCCUGAGUUUAUUUAUGUUGCAACACACGUUAAUGGCCAGAGAGGAAAUGAAAAACAUUUACAUAAAGUUGGGAAUCGGGGAAAUCGAACGUAGCAUUUACAAUGCGACCAGUUCGGCCUCUCUUUCUUUUCUCAUGAACAAUUGGCAAGGCGUCCCGUGGGUUUCUCUCUGGAACAUCGAAACCUCUGAGAGUAACGUAGCUCUAAUGGUUUUUCUUGGUUGCCACAUAUUCGGAUGGUGCGUCAUCUACAGCGGGUGUCUCAUGAUGGACUUUGCCGAAUUGGCAGGGCUCAAGCAGAUAUAUUACAAAUUCACCUCAAGGUCCUGUCCGCUGUCCGUCAAAUCCAAGGAACUUUGCCGCUAUUACGCUCAUAUGAGACAUCCCAGUUUCAUAGGAUUUCUGAUUGUCCUCUGGAUUCGCCCUUCUAUGACGAUCGAUCGCCUUCUGUUAUCCAGUCUGUUAACGAUCUACAUGAUAAUGAUGUGGUCGGUCGACCAGGAUGAUUGCCGCUACCAUGCCAACGCCAUACAAAGAAAACGUCGUCAUCUCUCGUGAUCAUCAAAAGAAAAAAAAAGAAAAAAAAAGAAAAAAAAAGAGAGAAAAGAAAAUAGAGUAUUUCGAUUUCUUUUUCAAA